CAUGUUCACGGGCGGGAUGAGGGAAGCCAGCCAGGACGUGAUCGAGCUCAAGGGCGUCUCUGCCAAGGGCCUCAAGCACAUCAUCGACUUCGCCUACAGCGCCGAGGUGACGCUGGACCUCGACUGCAUCCAGGACGUGCUGGGCGCCGCCGUCUUCCUGCAGAUGGUGCCGGUGGUGGAGCUGUGCGAGGAGUUCCUCAAGUCGGCCAUGAGCGUGGAGACGUGCCUCAACAUCGGCCAGAUGGCCACCACCUUCAGCCUGGCCUCSCUCAAGGAGUCGGUGGACGCCUUCACCUUCAGGCACUUCCUGCAGAUCUCGGAGGAGGAGGAUUUCCUGCACCUGCCCCUGGAGCGGCUGGUGUUCUUCCUGCAGAGCAACAAGCUCAAGAGCUGCAGCGAGAUCGAGCUGUUCCGCGCCGCCGUGCGCUGGCUGCAGUUCGACCCGGCGCGCCGCGCCAGCGCCAGCCGCGUGCUCUGCCACAUCCGCUUCCCGCUGAUGAAAUCCUCGGAGCUGGUGGACAGCGUGCAGACGCUGGACAUCAUGGUGGAGGACGUGCUGUGCCGCCAGUACCUGCUGGAGGCUUUCAACUACCAGAUCCUGCCCUUCCGGCAGCACGCCAUGCAGUCGCCGCGCACGGCCGUGCGCUCGGACGCGCCGUCGCUCGUCACCUUCGGCGGCACGCCCUACACCGACAACGACCGCACCGUCAGCGCCAAGGUGUUCUGCCUGCCCGACGCCGGCGGCCGCCAGUUCCGCGAGCUCACCGAGAUGGAGGUGGGCAGCAGCCACUCGUGCGUGGCCGUGCUGGAUAAUUUCGUGUACCUGGUGGGCGGGCAGCAGCUGCAGUACCGCAGCGGCGAGGGCGCGGUGGACGCCUGCUACCGCUACGACCCGCACCUGAACCGCUGGCUGCGCAUCCAGCCCAUGCAGGAGAGCAGGAUCCAGUUCCAGCUCAACGUCCUGCGGGGCAUGGUGUACGCCACGGGCGGCCGCAACCGCUCGGGCAGCCUGGCCUCGGUGGAGCGCUACUGCCCCAAGGACAACGAGUGGACRUACGCCUGCUCGCUGAAGCGCCGCACGUGGGGCCACGCCGGGGCCACCGUGGGGGACAGGCUCUACAUCUCGGGCGGCUACGGCAUCUCGGUGGAGGACAAGAAGGCGCUGCACUGCUACGACCCCGCCGCCGACCAGUGGGAGUUCAAGGCGCCCAUGAACGAGCCCAGGGUGCUGCACGCCAUGGUCAGCGCCAACGGCCGCGUCUACGCCCUGGGCGGCCGCAUGGACCACGUGGACCGCUGCUUCGACGUGCUGGCCGUCGAGUACUACGUGCCUGAGACUGACCAGUGGACAGCCGUGAGCCCCAUGCGUGCCGGACAGUCGGAGGCCGGCUGCUGCCUGCUGGACAAGAAGAUUUACAUCGUGGGGGGCUACAACUGGCACCUCAAYAACGUCACCAGCAUCGUGCAGGUCUACAACACCGAGACCGACGAGUGGGAGAGGGACCUGCACUUCCCGGAGUCGUUCGCCGGCAUCGCCUGCGCCCCGGUCAUCCUCCCACAGGUGACGGGUCCCAGGUGACUGUGGGGACACUGUGGGGACACUGUGGGGACACUGCGGGGUGGUGACAGAGGGGAGGAGGGACAGCAGCCCCGGUUCUCUGCUCCACAAAACCCCUGCUCUGCUGUGGAGUCCUGGCAGGCGCUUUCCACCGGCAGAACUCGGGGCUGAGCAGAUGUUCCCGCUGGGAAAAGCUGCUCUCUGCUCUUUUUCUCUCUGUUUUUUUUUUGUGGGGGUGCGUUUUGCCAACUUUUCCUAUUUCUGACCGGCAGCUCGGGAGCCGCUCUCACUGGGGUCUCGCUCCCAGGAGAUCAGGUGGGGGUUUUUUAUCCACAGCUCCAGAAAAAAGAUAAAAAAAGCGUCGCGUGUCGCUCGGUCGUUUUUAUAGCAAACAGAAAAACCAAAACCUGUGCAACACACUGACCUCCAGAAGCAAUAAAGGGACGGUGGGAGCUGCAGGAGCUCGGGUGCUCGGGUUGKGAGAGCACAUUCCUGUUUUUCAAAGGUGACUUUUCCUCUUUUCCCUCCCUGGAAAAGGGAAUAUUUAUCCCUGCACACCUCUGGUCUCCGUUGCUCGGACCACGCUGCGAUUCCUCGCCCUCUCCAGCUGCUCCGGAGCAGAAAUCCUCCCUUAAUUGGGGCGUGCGGGGUUUGCAGCACUAAAGCCAUGUUGAAAGCUUGAUUAUGUAUAAACAGGCAGGAUGAUUUGGGUUUGGAAGUGCCAAAAAUGUGGCUGGCCUGGCAAUAAGAGCUCUGCAGCCGUCCAGCAKUGAAGCCAAGAGCUCCUGCAGUUUCUGGGGCAGGAUUUGCACCUUUGCCAUCCCCGCCAAUGCCUCCAUCCCGACUCUUCCUCCAGGAAAGGAGGUGGGUGCUACUCCUCCAGCAGCUGGAAGGUUUUCCUCCUUGCCACGGGAAUCGGCUGCUUGGCAUCCCAAAGCCAUGGCAGCCCCAGUGGAAUGUGGUUUUGUCUUUGUGGUGGUAUUUGAAAUUUGGAGAUUGGUUUGAGAUGGCUCUGUCGUUUUUGUACAAUUCUCACUGCACAGAACACUUCCUGAACUUCCCUCCAGGCCGUUUUCCCUGUUUCAUUUGAUGAAUAUGAAUUGAGAGAAAAAAAAAAAGAAAAUCUGCUUUUAUCAGGAAUUCUGUUUCCAAGGGCUUUGUUUUGUACCUGUGUCAGCUUGGUUCGGGUGCGCACGGUUCUUCUUUUGUAGAGAAACCGUCGCAUUCUGCUGUGAAAUAAAUCCUGGGCUGCGACUUUUGGUGACAA